AAUCUAUCUAAUUUAGUUUAUGCGCAUCUCAACUACAUAUUUUUACACAUCCAAUCAAAGGCCAAUCAUUUGCGCAAAGACCGGUCAUCUGCGCCCAGGACGAGAAAUUCACGAAAUUGCUCUGUUACUGCCUGACCCCGAAGGUAGAAUGUGCAACAAUUGUAUGGGAAGCAUACCCACCGAGCAUUCUGUCUAACUUGUGGAUUAGAUACAGAUAUUCUUUUCCUCUCUAUAUAUAUAUACAGAGUGAGUAAAUUUUUAGUUAGAGAAAACUUCUCGUAACCAAUGAUGACAUCUCCGGCAUUCCUCUCCACUGCAGCCACCACGUCGCUGAAUCCCCCCUCGAUCAAUGUCGCCUCCCUCUUCACGGCGUCGUUUUUUUCUCGACCUCGCUUCGCCAGCUGCUGCGAUUGUAGAAAACGCGCCUUCGCGCCGCCGGUGAGGGCGUCGGAAUCGGCGACGACGUUCGUGGCGGACCCGGCGCCGGAGGUGUCGCCGUCGGGGGCGUUUUCGGAGGAGGACGAGAAGGCGGCCGCGGCGGCGGAGAAGAUCGGGGCUAGGGUUAGGGUUAAGGUCCCCUUAAAGGUGUACCACGUGCCGAGGGUGCCCGAGAUCGAUUUGACCGGAAAGGAAGGGAAGUUGAAGCAGUACGUCGCCGUUUGGAAAGGGAAGCGGAUCUCGGCCAACAUGCCGUUCAAAGUCGAGUUCGUUGAGGAAGUGGAAGGGCGAGGAGCGGUUAAGUUCUUCGCGCACCUCAAAGAAGAUGAGUUCGAGUACCUUGAUUGAACUUUUUGGGUUUUUCUUUUCGUGAUAUAUAUCCUGUUGCUAUAUAAUGAUUGUCGCUUGACUCUGUAUUAGUUGUAUUUUGAUAAUGGAUGUAGAUAAUUCAUCUA